UUUCACUCCAGAACCACCGUUAAUAACUCCGUAAUCAUCAGUCCAAGUCAAACAACAUUUUCACGUGUUAUAACCGUCUAAUCUAACGCCGUUAACACUCACCUACAAAAAAAAACAGCGUUUAUAUAAGCAAACAUUUUUUUCUUCUCCCUUCACUCAUCAUUAUCAGAUCCUUUCACCAGCAUCCCAAAUUUAAAGCUAUGAUGCCGUCUAGGUCGGCGACAACAACAGCAGCUCCGACGACGACGGAAACAACAACGUCGUAUUGGUGCUACAGUUGCACGCGUUUCGUCAGCGUUUCAACCGGAGGAUACGUGUUGUGUCCUUAUUGCAACGGCGGUUUCAUCGAAGAUUCUUCCGCCGCAGAAGCACCAACGACGACCACUCCGGUGUCUCAGGUCGAGGAUAGUCAUAGAUCUGUAAUUAGACGGCGGAGAUCGAAUCGGCGCACUUCGUUUAAUCCGGUAAUCGUCUUACACGGAGGAGCCGGUGGUGAGAGAGUUGAGAACGAAGAAGGAGAUCGACGCCCUUAUGAAUUCUAUUACGACGAUGGAUCCGGUUCGGGUCUUAGGCCGCUCCCGGAUUCUGUAUCGGAGAUCUUGAUGGGAUCUGGAUUCGAGCGGUUGCUUGAGCAAUUGAGCCAGAUCGAAGCGUCGGGCAACGGAAUCGGGAGAUCUGGGAACCCUCCGGCGUCGAAAUCAGCGAUUGAAUCUUUACCUCGAGUCGAGAUGGGAGACUUCCACAUCAAAGCGGAGGCGAAUUGCGCCGUGUGCACGGAGGUUUUCGAGGCAGGAGCGGAAGGGCGUGAGAUGCCGUGUAAACACAUUUUUCACGGCGAUUGCAUCGUCCCUUGGCUUUCGAUACGGAACUCGUGCCCUGUUUGUCGAUUUGAAUUGCCUUCGGAUCCGGUUCAACGGAGUAUCGAGGAAGAACACGCUGUUGGUAUGACGAUCUGGAGACUUCCCGGAGGUGGAUUCGCUGUUGGAAGGUUUAACGCGGCGAUGAGAGAAGGGGAGAGGAUUUUGCCGGUGGUGUUGACGGAAGUGGACGGUGGUGGGCUGGGGAGUAAUGAGGGUCCGAGACGAAUCUCUUGGGUUAGGGAUCAUGGGACACCGGAGAUUAGCAGAAAUGCUGCUCGCGCUGGUCGAUUGAGGAGAGCAGCUCGGGGAAUGGUUUCGUUUAUGAGGAGGAUGAGACCAAAUCGUGGCUCUUCUUCUUCUAAUGUUAUUGAUUUGGAUACAAACGUUAUGAAUCGAUCGACGUCGUUGAUCAGAAGAUUUUUCUGAGUUGAUGGUUAGGUGAAAAAAUGUUCAAAUUUUUGUUAUCGUUUUGAUUCAACAAUAGAAGACCAGUUGGAACCUAAAUAGUAUCCCGUCCUUUUCUAAAUGUAAGUAACUUUAGCAAAAAAAAAAAUUUUGUUUCACGAUAUAAGUUAUUUACAUAUUUAAAUGCAUCUUUUUCA